GAGUGAACAUUUGUAAAAAAAAAAAAAUUGAAAUCUUAGGCCUGAUGUAAAUAAUAAUAAAUUAUUUUUCUUUUUUUGGCUAUUUAGUAUAUAGAUAUAUAUAUAUAUCUCUUGGCAAAGGUGGAGGCGGUUUGACGUUGUGGGGUGAUAUGCGCGCGUCAUCCUCACAUUCAGAAUCAAUAGGGGAAAACUCGACGGUAGCGACGCAACGAUAUUUUCUGCACGUUUUGAUCCCCUUCUGGGUUUCGACCUCCACCAUCUCCAGGACUUACGGUCAUCGCAAGAAUGGCCGACAUUGAAUUCGAAGAAUUUCGACGUUAUUUCGAAAGACUUCCCCAACACAUCAAAGCCCCCGUCUCUAAUUACAGACUCGUUCACGAUGUUAUGGUCGACGAUUCGCCCACCUCAUCACAGGGAAGUGAUGCGGAUGUUGGCGGUAGAUCUUGUCGAGAUGUCGUUGAUUCUGAGGACGAGGAUGUUGUCGUCAUUCAUAGGCAUCAAAAUCAAAGUGGCCACAGUUCACCGGACAGUGAAGUUGAAUUUGAACAUCGAUGUUCAAUAGUCGCUGACAGCGAUUUUAGCUUGUUCGAUGGACUGAACAGCAGAGGAAGAUCAAUCUAUGGUCCAGGACUUAAUGGCAGUCUACGAAAUGGUAGUGAGGGUCGCGACAGUGUUGUCAGCGAUGUUGGCGAUUCAUGUUCAUCAUUGAGUUCCUGGGCAACACCCGAGCAUCGACCCAAUAGCGGUGGUAUGGAACGAAAACGUCGAAGACUUCCGGAAAUUCCUAAAAACAAAAAAGCUUUUGCAAAUACGGGUCAAAUGUCAUUGGCAGAGGAAUUGGGAGCUGCUGCCGCGGCUGCAGCGGCAAAUUCAUCAUCAUCAUCAUCUAGACAUCAUUUGAUGUUGAGAAAAUCACAUAAUCGAUUACGUCACGAGGAUAGUUCACCGGAUAGCGAAAGAAUGGCAACUGAUAGCGGUCAUUCGACGGCUCAUUCACCUGACAAUGGUCCCAAAAGUGUAUCGCCAAUUCCCUGCAGUACACUUCAAAAUAUUGAUUCUGUUUCACCUGACAGUACACCUGGAAGUGUAGGUAUACCGUUUACCCAACUCGAAUUAUUGGAAGCAACUCAUAGAGGUUUACAUAAAUUUGUCCCUCGUCAUCACGAUGAAAUUGAUCUUGAAAUUGGUGAUCCAAUUUACGUACAGAAAGAAGCUGAUGAUCUUUGGUGCGAAGGUGUUAAUUUAAGAACCGGACGUCAGGGAAUUUUUCCCUCUGCCUAUGUGGUUGACAUGGAUUACAGUGAUUUUGAUCCAACGGCACCAAAAGUAAAAAGAGAACGCUAUCUUUUGGGAUAUUUAGGUUCAGUUGAAACAUUGGCACACAAGGGUACAAGUGUCGUUUGUCAAGCUGUACGAAGAAUUGUUGGAAAUACAUCUCAAUCAUCUCCCAAUUCACAAAGUUGCAUUCUUGAAGUUUCUGAUCAGGGUCUUCGAAUGGUUGACAGAAGUAAACUUCCCAAAACUCGAGGCCCUUGUCACGAUUAUUUCUAUUCAUUGAAAAAUGUAUCGUUCUGUGCAUUUCAUCCCCAUGAUCAUCGUUAUCUUGGUUUUAUCACGAAACAUCCAACUUUGCAAAGGUUCGCUUGUCACGUAUUCAUUGGUCAAGAAUCAACUCGACCAGUUGCUGAAGCUGUCGGACGAGCCUUUCAUCGAUUCUACACCAAAUUCAUUGAGACUGCUUUCCCAAUAGAGGAUAUCUAUAUUGAAUAAGAAGCCUAUAUAGAGAUUGAUGUAGCUGACUACAAAAUUCAAGAGACGAAAAAAAAAAGAAAUAUCGUUAUCCUAUUAUUCCCACCCUUUGUAAAUAAAUCCCUCAGCUGUAGAUAUUGAACUAUUAAACGCGAAUCAAACAUUUAAAAAUGGUGAAUAAUAUAUAUAUAUAUCUUCUAUAAGGUUGUAAUUAAAAAAGGGACCGACAGUGCAAUUUUUUUUCAUUCAUAGUAUUAUUUUUUUUUUUUUAAAUUAUAUGUCAAAAAAAAUAUCUCGUUACUAUUAUUUACUGUUAAAUUUUUUUAUCUGCAUAUUUAAAAAAAAAUUUUUAAUAAUAUAUUUUUACGUUAGCGGUCAAGAAAAAAAAGAAAUUCUGCAUGAAAAACUUUUUUCAAAAAGAAAAUAGAGAGAGAGAAAAAGAACGGACCUACUGACGCUUUUUAUUGUCGACGAAUCGGUUUGAAAUUUGUAUAUUUUUAUAUUAUCUGCGAGAAUCAUAAACUCUCUCAUGCUAUAAUUAAAAACAGAUUUUAUUUCUUUAAGUCCUUCUCUUAAAAUUGAAAUCUAAUUUUUUUAUUUUUUAAUUCAAUAAUUAUUCGUUUUAGAAAAUUCGAAAAAUCUUUAAAAUUAAUUUUAAAAUCCCCCCCAAAAGGGAAACAAUUUAUUUAUUUAUUUAUUAAUAAAUAAGAGGAAAAAUAAACUAAUUUUAAUGAUUUGUACAUAUAUAUUUUCAGCAGCAAUAUUUACAAAAAUGAUCCGCCUCUACGAAGUCUUCAAUAGCUCAGUCUUGACACAAUAACUAAUAACGCAUGUAGGUCAAAGACCUCCGAUCAUUACAGCAGAAUCCAUAUUACAUUAUUUAAGAUUAUGAAUUAAUUUCAUCAUUUAAAAAUUAUGCUUGUAAAUACAAUUUACUCUACUUUUUUUUUUUUUUCUUUUUUUUUAUUUUUCAAGUUCCGUUUAAAAUAUUAUAAAAGAACUAUAUAUGGAGCUGUUUCCGCUCUUGCGAAUCAGCGUGGGCGUGCUUUUUUUUUUUUUUGCAAUUUCGUUAAUUUUUCUUUCAUUUUUUAUUUUUUUCGUCAAUAUGACGUUUUUGUGGGCGCAAUAAAUAUAUAAGAAAAUAUGAUCUGGUGUUUCUUUUUUUUUUUUUAAAAACAAAAAUCGGAACAGACAAUUUUUUUUUAAAACGCUAUUGCACAAGUUCCAAUAUUCCGAAAUUUGCGCACUACAUCAAUUUUCUUUUUGCAAAAAAAAAAAAGAAAAAUAAAUUACACUUCAAAUAUAUUUUAAGUUCGUUUUACAACACGCACGGCAAUCUUAAUUAUUAUUUUUUACAUUUUAAGAAAUGGAUUUCUGCAUUCUUAAGAAAGAUCACACAUGACAAUAACAAAAGAAAAAAAAAAAAAAAACGUGCGCAUAUAAAAAAUUUGACAGUGAUUUUCUUUUUUUUCUUUUUAGUAUAGAAAAUAAAAUUUGUAAUACUGAUUAUUUUGCAACUAUUCAACUGAAAAAUUCAUUAAUUAAUGCAAAGGUUUUUAAAUUUUUUUUUUUGUCGAAUAUUUGAACAAAGCGAAGUUCUAGCCAUUCUAAACAAUUAUUAUUAUUUAAUAAUCAGCAAAGAAUAUCCAUUGAAAAAUAUUUACAUUUCGCUUUCGCAGUAUUUACAAGGAGGUAGGAAGCGGCUUUUUUUUUUUUUUUUUUCUUUUAAGGAAACGAUCGCUCGUAGUUACAAUUGUUUGAUUAAUUAAUUUUUUUUGUCAAAUUUGCGAUACUUUCAGCACGCCACGCGCCCUUAAAGACGCAGAUGGGAAAGGCUCCUCGAUCUUAAUUUUUCAAAUAUUCAAUUAGUCAUUUUUUUUUUUUCAUUAAAUAGACUUUGAAAGCGGUAUCAGUAAGGUGUGUCGAAUACUUUCGAUUAUUAAGGUCUGUUUGAUUAAUAAUAAAAGAAAAAAAUUUUUUUUUAUGAUACAAAUUUUAUAACACAAUUUUAAAUAAAACUUUUCCAAAAAAAAAAAAAAUAGUAUUUCAAAAAAAUUAUCUGCGAAUUAAUUUUGAAAAAUUAAUAAAAAAAAAAAUAUUUUGAAAUUAAAGUUUUAAUUAUAAAAUUCUUAAAAAAUUAAUUUUCCCUUCUAUUUUUAUUUCUUUUCUUUCAUUAACAUUAACAGACACUUAAAACUGACCACAACCACGGAUUUCAAAUUAUGGUAAACUUAGGCCCGUUAAUCGAAAAUUAUUUCAAAUGAAAAAUAAAUUUUUACUGAAAAAAAAAAUUACAAAUUUUUGUCCCAUUUGAAAUAUUUCGACAUAUUUGAAGAAUAAGAGAAAGUAUAUGUCUUUUCUACCGGGUUUUUAGUUUUCUUUUUUUUUUUUUUGUCCCUUUGCAAGACUUCAAUUGCAAUAGUUGAAUUUUUCGAGUUUUUUUUUAUGAUUGCUACAAUUUUUUUUCAAAAUAAACUCGAAAAAUUCGAAAUUCAAAGAAAAUCGCUAUUCGCUGGAUUAUACAAUGAAUGUCGCAUACAUUAAGAAUUUUUGUUUUUUUUUUUUUUUUUUUUUUUUUUUUUUUUUUUUUUCAUUUA